CAGGCUUAAAAUUUUUGAAAAAAAUGAAAGUGAGUUUUUUGAAAAUCUGAAGCGACAGUUUUGUUCAGAAUUUGAUGCUGAUUUCAACCAUGUAAUUUUUAUUCGAAAAAAAUUGAGGCCACAAAACCGCCUUAUCCGCUUCCCUCCUUUCUUUCUCUUUAAACAAAUCCUCGAUCGGUUAAAAGUAUAUCACGUUUAAUAUAAUCGCUGUGUAAUUCAACCAAUGUUUCGACAAAUAAUGUUGGUAACUGAUCAAAUGAAAAAAGAAAUAUUAACCACUGUCAUUAGUAAGUUCAAUAAAAACAAUAUAUAUUUUCCAGUUUGAGUGGCUUUUUUUUUCAUUUCCUACACCUGUUCUACAAGUGUUCAACCAAAUACCGAAUACCCGUCUGAAUUGGUUUCAAUAAUUUAUACAUAUUUUGCAGUGUUUUCAUAUCUCCUUCUACAAUUAAUUUAUUACAUUCAUUGUUUAAUGUUUCUAUAUGUACAGUAAUCAAGUACUGAUGACGUUCGUUACAGACGUUUGUACAAGAUGUUGAAUUAAUAGAAGUUGUAAUUUCGCAUGCCAACGUCAAUACGACAUACACAAAUUCGAACAUUUGUCCGGUGCAUGGAUAAAAUCCUUCGUCACUCUUCAUGGCGCGUAGCAGUUGUCAAAUAAUUCUUCAAUUCACAUAAAUAGAACGCAUUCUGACUGUUAUUACAAAUAGUUUCAUGUUCGAAUCCUGCAUCCCAUGUCAUUUAUUGUCGAUCUCCACAUGAAAACGUGUUUUAACUUCUAAAAAAUGGAUUCAGUUCAUUUAUUUUUGCUAAUUAUGUCACAGUUUUCUUUCGUCGUCCAACUUCAAACGGUAUCAACAAGAACACAUUUUACGAGCCAGUGAAAGGAAAUCAUAUAAAGUUAUUGUUAAUUUUAGAGAGAAAAGGAAAAUACUGAAUUUUGUUCUAGUUGUACGUAAAUAUGUGAGAUGACAUCUUCAAGUGCUUUUAGUUUUCUGACAACUAUUGUUCGAUGAGCCUAAAAAAAGUAGAUUAUAGAGAAAAAUUGUUUAAUAGGUGUUUUCCUGUGCUUGCCCAUGGACGUGUAUAAGAUACAUAAAGAUGAUAACGAUUUGGUUCAGCUUUGAAUGUAGCUGUUUCAUCAUCUUUUAUCGAAUUACCUCGAGGCUGUCAAUAUCAUCUUAUUUUUUCUUCGUCAUUGACAACAUGCUUUUUUCGCCUUCAUAGAAAGAGAGGAAGAAGACAGAAAUGUACGCUCGAUUCUGGCAUCAGUAGAGCUACAAAAAAUAGUGAUUUUUUCUUCUCUAGUUUUUCUUUCUUAUUCACGUUAGAUACCCAUAUCAAAACACACAUCUGUGAUCUUUUUUUUCUUCUAAUAGACCACACGUCUACAAGUAAACUAUAUGAAACGAAGGAAUAUAUUCAAACACAUAUAGUCUACAGAAGAAUCAAACAUCUUUGAUAAUGUACGUGUUAACAUACGCACACGCGGUAUAUAAUUGAAUAAGAAAAUAAAGUAGAAAAGAAAGGAAAAUCACUAUUUUUCGCAGGAGGUCUAGCUACUUUUGUGGAAAAAGUACAAAAUCGCAUCGUCGUCGUGGUGUAAGAAAAAAAACAUGUUGUAACGAGAAUAAGAUAUGCAGUCUCGAGAUAGUUUGUGUGGAUAAAUACCAUAGCAUUCUCGUCACUGUUGGUUUAAACUAUCCUUAUUUCACUAUUUCAGAAAUAAACAGUGUUUAUCAAUGGCAGCGAAGAACGAACCGGUGUCUGUCAAUGAAAAGCGAGAGGUUGUCAAAAACGAACCGACAUUUCGAAACUGGAUAAAAGAUGAUAAAACAGCUGCAUUCGAAGCUGAACCAAAUCGUUAUCAUCUUUAUAUAUCUUCUGCAUGUCCAUGGGCUCAUCGAACAUUAGUUGUCAGAAAACUAAAAGGACUUGAAGAUAUUAUUUCGUAUUCAAGUGUCGAUACGUUUUUGGAUAUGGCUAAAGGAUGUGGAUGGGCAUUUAGUAAAAGCUAUCCCGAUCCACACCAUUCCCACUUCACUCAUUUGAAAGAUGUUUAUCGUUUAAGCGAUCCAAACUUUGAUGGUCGAGUGACUGUUCCUGUACUGUUUGAUCUUAAGACUCAAAACAUUGUAAACAAUGAAUCAUCAGAAAUAAUUCGAAUGUUAAAUUCUGAGUUCAAUCGUUUCGCGAAAAAUCCUGAUUUAGAUCUUUAUCCCGAGUCGUUAAGAUCAAAAAUUGAUUUACUUAAUGAUGAGAUUUAUUCAAAAUUGAAUACUGGUGUUUAUCGUGCAGGAUUUGCAACUACUCAAGAAGUCUACGAAAGUGCUUUCCAUGAUGUAUUUCAAAUAUUGGAUAAAUUAGAAAUCAUAUUGUCAGAAUCACGUUAUUUAGCUGAUAAUAACAAAUUAACUGAAGCCGAUGUCCGUCUUUGGACAACACUCGUCCGAUUUGAUCCCGUUUAUGUUACACAUUUCAAAUGUAAUAAGAAAUUAAUAACAAAGGAUUAUCCAAAUUUGUACGGAUUUCUACGCGAGAUAUAUCAAAUGAAUGGGAUCAAAGAAACAGUUAAGAUAGAUGAAAUAAAAAAACUUUAUUUCACAUCACACAGACAUAUAAAUUCCACCGGAAUUAUACCUCUAGGACCAGACGUUGAUUACGAUCUACCACAUAAAAGAGACAAUUGA